AUGGCAAGCAAAGCAAUCCAUAAUUUCCCCUUCGCUCGUUCGAAGGCCGCAGAACCCCCUGCUGAGUUUGCUGCUCUUCGAUCUGCUUGCCCCAUCAGCCGUGUCAAGCUUUGGGAUGGAAGCGAGCCGUGGCUCGUUGUCAAGCACGAGGAUGAGCGUCAGCGCCCUGGAUAUCCGGAAAUGACACCAGGAGGUAAGGCUGCUGCGAAGAAUCGUCCGACUUUCGUGGAUAUGGAUCCCCCGGAUCACAUGCGACAAAGAAGCAUGGUUGCAAAAUUUUUCAACCGCGAACACGUCAACAGCUUGAAGCCAUUCAUCACAGCAACAGUGGACUCGUUUCUCGAUAAGCUGGUUAAGAAGGGGUGUGACUUGCCUGUUGAUUUCAUUGAGCACUUUACUCUACCAAUCCCAACAUUGGUCAUUAACCAUAUUCUUGGUAUUCCAGUUGAAGACGUUGCCUACUUGACCGAAAGGAACGCCGUUCGCAGCAAUGGUAGUUCCACUGCAGCUGCAGCCCAGGAUGCUAAUCGGGAUCUCUUAGACUACUUGGCAAGGCUGGUAGACAAGCGAGCCACUAAUCCUACAGACGAUCUCAUCAGUACACUCAUCAUGGAACAGUUGAUACCCGGCCAUCUUGAGAAACUCGACGUCAUCCAAAUUGCUUUCCUACUGCUCGUAGCGGGAAAUGCAACCAUAGUCAAUAUGAUCAACUUGGGCGUCGUGACGCUCCUCGAGAACCCAGCCCAGCUGGAUGAUCUCAAGAAGGAUCCGUCACUUGCACCAGCAUUUGUGGAAGAGCUUUAUCGGUAUCACACUGCCUCGGCACUUGCUACUCGACGAGUCGCGAAGGUCGACAUUACCUUAAGAGACCAAAUAAUCAAAGCAGGCGAGGGUAUUAUUGCCUCGAACCAGUCUGCUAAUCGUGACGAAGAAGUCUUUCCCGAUCCGGAUACCUUCAACCUGCACAGGAAGAUUGACUCGGUGAAGAACCUCGCUUUUGGGUUCGGAGACCAUCGCUGUGUAGCUGAGGCGCUUGCUCGGGCCGAAUUAGAAGCAGUAUUUGCCUCUCUCUUCCAGAAGCUCCCGAAUCUGAAGCUCGCGAUUUCUCACAAUGAGAUCAAAUAUUCAGCUCCGCACAGAGAUGUUGGAAUCGUCGAGUUGCCGGUUGUUUGGUGA